CAACCACCCCGUUGCUGGUAGUUCAACAAGGGCGUGUUUGCCAAAAUUCUGUUUUCCCGUCAAAACCAUGCUUCGGCUUCAACUUCCGCUUCAGCGGCAGCUUAUGCUCGACUGCCGUGGCUUCGUACCCUUGGCCACGCCGCCACUCUCAAGACCUCCGCUAAAUCCACUGUCCUGGAAGCUUCCCUUUUAUUCCACUCCUACUUCUUCGUCUUCUUGCUGCCUCACGCCCAAAAUUUCACUUCCACUUCGAACUUCCCGGUCUCGUGUCUUCUACAAUUUGAAGGAUUCAGAUAUUACAUCAAGGCUGGAGCUUGGGAACCCCAUUGAGAAGAAUAAACCAGAGAAGCGUGUGAAUGGAAUUUUCUGGAUUCUACUCAUAAACCUUGGGAUAUUCGUUGCAGAUCACAUUUUCCAGGUUCGGGGCAUAAAAACAUUGUAUUUAUACCAUAAUCAUCCUUCUUGGUACCAGUUUGUGACUGCCACAUUCUGUCAUUUUAACUGGAACCAUUUAUCAAGCAACCUCUUCUUCUUGUAUAUUUUUGGAAAACUUGUUGAAGAGGAAGAAGGAAACCUUGCAUUAUGGUUUUCUUAUCUGUUAACUGGGGCUGGGGCGAACCUUGUUUCAUGGCUAGUUCUUCCUAGAAAUGCAGUUUCUAUUGGGGCAUCUGGUGCAGUGUAUGGACUGUUCGCAAUUAGUGUACUUGUUAAGAUUUCUUGGGACUGGAGGAGGAUUCUUGAAACACUUAUCUUGGGUCAGUUUGUUGUGGAAAGGGUGAUGGAAGCUGCCCAAGCUUCAACAGUAUUGCCAGGCAGUUUUAGUGGAAGUUAUGCGCUACAGAGCAUCAAUCACAUUGCACAUCUAUCAGGUGCAUUAAUUGGUGUAGCUUUAAUAUGGCUUCUAAGUCGAAUACCUUCACAACCAUCUGAAACAAACAAAGGGAAGAGCAUGCGCUGACUGUUUCUUAAAAACUGGCUUUGCAUAGAUGGGCAAAGACAUUACUAAUAUGAAUAUCAUGUUGAAAACCAUGGAGCCAGCAGUCAGGUCUUUUCCUUUUGAUGUGGAGUUGUAGUGCUCACCAAUGUCAAGGUAAGCUGAAAAUAGAUUUGGAGGUUACAAAAUGAAAUCUAGGUUAACUUUAGGAUUGUAUAUUUUGUGUUUAACAUUAAACACUUGUUUAAACGUUGUGUUUGGUGUUGGACCGACAUCAAUUGAAAUGAUUUCUCAAUCUGGCGUAGAAAAAGUGUUGCUUGCUAUACUAUUUUUAAUUUUAAUUUUUAUUGUAUCACUGUUCAUUUAAAAUGAAAUUUACUUGUCCGAAAUGGUCUAGGUGACGGAUUGUACUAUAUGAGUUAGAUAUGCUCGGA